UACAAAACUUUAAAAUUAAUGGUUUGAAGAUAAUUGAUAAUAUUUGAUAUUCGUUACAUGACAAAUAUUUCAUAAGCAUACCACCUCAAUUCGUGAUAAGUUUUUUGUGUUGGAGCCGCUACUGAAAUUUAUUCAAAAUAAAUACUCUCCAAUACUUAUUUGUAAGUGGACUAUUCAUGAUUCUAAAGUGCUUUCUUUGCUUCAGUAUAGCCUUUGUAGAUCCUAAAAUCUAAACUAAGAAUUUGAUAGUGAUCGGGAGUUCAAUCUAAGGAAAAAAUAACGUGGGCAACGAUAUCCUCAGAACACGACGAUAUAAUCAGGUCUGAAUCGUCAAAAAUGGACUAUAUUCGUAGGUCGAAUAUCAUAGAGAUAUCAGGAGAAGGAAGGAUCGUGACUGAACUCGGUAUCGAGCUGCCUACGUACCCAUCAAGGGAUCAAGUCUAAACGUAGUUCGGUUAUCAUCAUCUCGAAAGAGAUGUCGGUAUCACUGGUCUCGAGCGUGACAUCGGCUUCUUCGGUUCUCGAGAGAGAGGUCGGUUUAUUUCUUACCAUCUUGGACGAGAGGUCGUUUGAGUUUGGUCGGGAAGUCUUUAAGAACUUAGGGUUCAAUAUCGGUGAACAAGGACUCGUGUCUUGUUCGUUGUAGUGAAGAGAAUUCGACGUCGUGAGCAUUACAUAGACGUCAUCGGGAUGGUGGUGAAGAAUGAUAUGGUCUCAGGUAGUUGACGCUCUAUCCCUCAAUAAGCGAUAAUCCUCUUUAAUUCAAUAGGAAGAUCGUGAACAAUUGUAUUCAUGGUCGUGAGUCCUCGUGAGCUCUUCAAAAUGGGAUCCUUGUGAAGAUAACUUUCUUGUCCUUUUAUAGGACUUUCUCUACAUAUUCUUUUGUUGUUACACAUGCUCCUCAUUUUCAGCUUUGACUUAUUCUCGCGUUGAAUGAGGCCGAGAUUCUAGGAGGUCGACAACUAACAUAUUUGAUCCAAUCUAGAAUAGUAAUCAACGCCCAAUAUUAAUGGAAGAGAUUUGUACCAAAUCUCGGUCCAACAGCCUUGUUAAAUCUAUACUAAUAAAGUUGGGUUUUCUCCCUUUUCACGCGUCCACGUCAGCAAGGAAGGAGGGGGCAAUUGAGGACACGUGUCUUCCUUUUAAAACAUUUACUCUCGAUCUGUUUCAAGUUUAGACAUCUUUUUCACUUUCAGUUUGGGCUCAUUUAGUUGUUUUGGCCCAAAUUAUAAUUACGUUAGAGAAACCCUACCUUUCAUCCUUUCGCCAGAGUAAAAAAAACGCAACUUUGGCGACUCCCUUUCAUCUUCUCAGACGACGUUACACCUUCGAAAAUGACAAUUAAUCAACUACUCCCACUACGUACUCUUCAAUCCUUCUUUAAUUCGACUCACCUUUCACCUGCUUCGUUACAUAUAAAAAUGAGGAUGAAGCGUAUGAGCGAUAAAGCGAAAUCCUUUUGCUUUUUGAAUUCUAGAAUUCGAGUCCAUUAUCACUAAAACACCUCCACAUGGUGACUUCUCAAGUUCACUUAUCAGAGCUGAAGGUUGGCUGCUGCAGAGAAACUGUUCAGAUGAGACUAAUUCGAUUUGGGAGGCCCUCAAUGUGAAAAAGGCGGUGAGCUGAUGGUGAUCGACAUGCUGCUUAUUAAUGUGAAGGUUAGCCGGAACCUUAUUUCAAUUUUUAAAUUGCGAUUUAAAGUUUUCUAACUUUUCCUGUAAGUGGUUCAUUACAAUCUGUUGAUCUGAGUGCUUUUGAUGUUGCAAGAAGCAAACCAAAAUUACGGUUUGGUGACGCUCCUGUCACGAUUAGAUUUCAGAGUUGUUCCCAUUACGUUCUCAGUAACUUACCGAAGCGUGUGCCCAAACCGGAAGUUAUAGCGUAAUCAUCUUCCUAAAGCAAAAAAAAAAAAACGUGUUCUUCAGGUCAAUGCUUUUGUAAUCUAAUUAUGAAUUUCCAAACUUUCUGUGAAGUGGUUGAGGAUGAUAAUAGUAGUGCACAAUCCACGGAGUUCCUUCUUGCUAGGCAGAGUAAAUUUGCUGCUUCUCAAGUUGUUUGGAUGGGUGGUGUGGUGAAUUCAACGAGGUCAAAUAGGUUCGCCAAUGGAUUAAAUAUCACUCAUGUUGCUGCUCUUUUUUAUUCUUCUACAGCUUUUGCGAUCAAGAACCAUGGGGAUGUCUAUAUAUGCUUAAGUGUGUUCGAUGGCAUAGCCUACAAAUUUCAUAUAAAAUUUCAAGCCUUUGGCUCAAAACCUAAGGUCGGUUAUUCCUCAACGCCACUUCGAGCACUCAUUUAUUCUUUGACUUGGAAACUUCAGGUCAAAAGGUUGUUGACUGCUUAGUGGGUAAGGUUGAAGAUGAAGCCUGGAGCUUGAGGAUACAGAGGUCGAGCCGCUCGCUGCACCAUACUUAUAGAAAUUGGAGCUGAGGGAUAUCAUUUCCUUGGGUUUUCUUGAUGAUUCUAGAGAUUUAACUUCUUUGAACCGUGUAACUGCACCACCUUCUGAGACAGGAAAACCAAUAAUGAUAGAUAAACCCAAUCCAGAGGUUCACCAAGAACCCGGAGAUCGGAGAAUCAAAGCCUAGAGGACGACCACGAAGGAAGAAGGAUCAUCCCGAAGAACAGAGAUUCAAUGGUGAAUGAUGAUGAACAUGAUGAUAGAGAGAGUUAGGGUUUAAGAAGAUUGUUUUAAUGUUUGAUUGAUUGAUUCCCGUAAAUGGGAAAAUGUGUACAUAUAAGUGUUUACUAAACCAAAGCUAAACCAGUAAGCUAAACCAAAAUGCAUAAAUGAAAUAUCUAAACCGGAAUUAACCAUAA